GCCGUCAUGGAAACGUGUAGCACACUCAGCCCAGUGGGUGGCAGACAUUUUUUUUUCUUCUUUUUUCUCCACAUCCUGUCCAGCCUUCCCGUCACUGUUUACCUGUAGAUGGAGUAACUUUUUUUCAUGUAUCGCUCAUAACUUUGUUUAGUUGUUUUCUUCUUUUUCUUUUGGUCGGCCACACGCGCUCAGUAUGUCCGGCCAUCCGAACCAGAGAGCCCUCCGCGGGCUGUGCGUGCUGAGCGCCCUGCUGCUGUCCGUGUCGGGGGAGAACGUGUCCGAGGGUCGCUCCGGCAUGCUCCAGGAGCUCCGGGAGACCCUGGCUGAGCUGGCCGGCGAGGGGAGGACUUACCUGGGCAGGCUGGCCGGGGAGCAGACGGUGCUGUCGGUGCAGAAGGCUUUCUCCCAGGUGCUCGGUGCCGUGGCAGGAAGUGUGUCCGCGGGCCUGAACGUGCUCUUGCAGUACGUCUCACACUUCCUGCAGGCUGCUGGAUUCCAAGCUGGGUUCCCCAUCAGCCAGGUGACCCCAGAGGGGCUGGUCUUUGUCGCCCAGUGGGUCGUCGCGGCUCUCGUUGGCUACUGGCUGAUCUCCUUCGUCUUCGGAUUGGUCGCCUCCGCUCUGAGGCGGGCCCUGUGGCUGCUCAAAGUGGGCGUGGCUCUGGCGUGUUUCGGCCUCAUCCUGAGCGACCGCAGCGUGGGCACGGACACCGUGGCGGUCCGGCUGGCGGCGCUGGUGUGCGCAUGCGUGCUGCUCGGCGUUGGGAGUCCGAGGAGCUCCGGCGCGUCCGACAAAACGGCUCACCUGGAGGAGCAGGUGAAGACGCUGGAGACGCGGCUGAGGGAGAUGGAGAGGAGGCGGAGGAGGAGGACGGAGGAGUGACGGAGGGGCGGAAGUGGACCGCUCCUCUGUCGUCUUCCCCCCCUGAACCGGGCGACCUUUCAGGGCUUCUGGAUCUUCACUUCAGAAACAUUUCUACAUUGUGUAUGUUUUGUUAGAACGAGUUUGAAAAGUAAUCCGCGGCUGGCGAUUUUAUUACCGACACAACGUGAUUACUGAGUCAUUCCCGGAAUCAGUGAUUUGAGUUUCUUCCUUUUUUAAAAAGGGCAAUUUGUUCCUAAGAGUGUGCCGAGGUGCGAAGGACAAACAGCUUCUCCGUCCAAUGUUCUGACCGUCUUCACGUUGAAUUAUUAAAGAAACGCUUUGGGAA